AUGGACUGUCAUCCACAGACGAGUGGAUCCAACGAGAACUUUAAUCGGAGCUGGACAGACUACAAAAUGGGUUUCGGAAACCUACGGGAGAACUUCUUUCUGGGACUGGAAAAAAUCCAUCUAAUGACCCUGCUCCAGCCUCACGAGUUGUAUAUCCAACUCCAAGAUGUCAAUGGAGAAACCAGCUAUGCUCGCUACGACGAUUUCAGAAUAGGGAGCGAAGAGGAAGCCUACGAACUGAAAUCGGUAGGAGAAUAUUCAGGAAUAGCCGGAGAUUCACUAACUAAAGAUCACCUAAACAUGAAAUUUUCCACUUUCGACCGGGAUAACGACACUGAUGUUUGA